CUUCCACCAAAGAAAAAGAGUGGAUAAAAGCCACUUUCAUGGCUACUUCUUCAAUAGAAGCAAACAGCCAUGGCCUCAAUCUCAUGUACCACUCACAUAUCCUUCCCCUCAAAACCCACAUAUUCUCUUCCUCCUUCCCCUAAAUUGAGUUCACAGUUCCUUGGAACCAGAACCAGUCUCCGACGGAUUGGUCCCUCCAGAAUCGGACCCUCCAACGGUUCAAGAACAAAAUGCUGGUUCAGGUUUGGGAAAAAUGCGGUUGAUGCUGAAGGUGCUGGCAUUUAUGGUAGCCAAUCAAGGGAUGACUUUGACAGAGAUGAUGUUGAGCAGUAUUUUAACUACAUGGGGAUGCUUGCGGUUGAGGGUUCCUACGAUAAGAUGGAGGCUCUAUUGAACCAGAACAUCCACCCUGUAGAUAUCCUCUUGAUUCUUGCUGCCUCUGAAGGCGACAAGGCAAAAAUUGAAGAGCUGUUGAGAGCCGGAGCUACUUUCGAUGUCAAGGAUGCAGAUGGAAAUACUGCAAUUGAUAGAGCUGCCAAUAAGGAAAUCAAAGAUUUCAUACUCAGUUUUUCAACACAGAAAGCAUGAGCUUGAUCGAGAACAAGAAUGAUUUUGUACACUGUUCUAAUGGUUAUGUAAUGAUUGUUAGGAAUUAUUGUUAGACACUCAAACUAUCACAUCAACAAGUAACCAACAAGAGUUUGGUAAAUGAAUGACUUGUUAAUUC